AUGCCCACGCUAACGUCAACACCUGUUUAUUCAAACAUUCUUGUUGGACAGCCACCAGAGUCUUCUGGCAUUUUAGGUACCGUAUUCCAACAGCCAUCUGGCGAAAAUGUGUUUCUCCGUCUAAAGUUAGAUGAAUCAAAUACUGUACUUUAUCCGGUUAUGGGGCAACCGAUGAUGGGACAACCUCAAGACCCUAGUUUGUUACAACAACAACAAGGGCAGCAACCUGGCGCUCAACAACAGCAGCAGGUAUCCCGUCAGCAAACACCACAGCAGGCUCAGGUGGCCCAGUCACAACAGGGAGUGACUGUGACGGUAGGUGCGCCUAUCGUCACUAGCCAACACCUGCCUCAAGCGAAUCUAGACGGAACAAACGUUCAAAAGGUACUUAACCCCCAUCCACUUUUUGCUGAUGACUCAGCGGUUGUGGCAGCAGCUGGGGUAACAGCGACCCCUGUGGUGGCCACACAAGCCCACGAAUGUGGCUACUGCCGGGCUCAUUUUGUUUCAGAGUUGGACUUACGCCAGCACAUCGACCUCAUGCAUGCCGGUAUGCGAAGAUUUCCCUGCAACAUCUGCGGCAAAGCCUACGCCAAGGCCUUUUUGCUGAAAAACCACAUCAAAAGCAGACACGAGAACAUACGUGAUGUGUUCUGCCCUACAUGCCAAAAGGCCUUCUGUAAGCGUUCAGUUAUGAAACGCCACAUGAAAUCGGUCCACGCAGAUUCGAAAGACUAUACGUGCAACCUCUGCAACAAAGCCUUCGCGGAGAAGAAAAAUCUGCAAAUGCACGUCAAUGCUCUGCACAAAGGGCUGAAGCCAUACCACUGCCAGGUUUGCGGCAAAGAUUUCGCCCGAAAAUGUGAUCUUCUACGCCACGGGAAUUCCGUUCACAAAGAGAGUAAACCCUAUGAAUGUAGCUCUUGUGGCAAGGGAUUUCCCCAACGGUGGUAUUUGGAGCGCCACAUGGUUGCUGUUCACAAAGCUACACUCCAACAAAUCCCCGGAAUGCCCAACGUGUUCGCGAUGCCUCAGGCUCCCCAGGCUACGAUCCUGACCCAAGAUCAGCUGAUGCAGCAGCUGCAACAACAGCAACUGCUCCAGAGCCAGCAGCAUCAGCUGAUCCAGCAGCAGCAGCACAACCAACAGGUGCUUCAACAACAAGGCCAGCCGGUGUUGCAGCAGACACAGCUUCUGCAACAACAGCAGCAGCAGCAGGCUGCCCUUCAGCAACAACAACAACAGCAGGCACCAGGUCAGCAGGCCGCCCUGCAACAGGCGCAGCAAUCGCAGCCUCAACAAGGGGACCCUCAGCAGCAACAGCAAGCCCAGCAGCAGCACGUCCAGUCGUCGCAGACCCAGGUCACGCAGGUGGUGCAACCGCAGUUCUCUCAGGCAUCCGCUCAACACCAACAGCCACUCCAGUUCUCGACCUUUUCACAAGCUCCUACCAACUCCGUUAGCAUUGUGGCAGCGGCAGGCGGAACGCGUUUUGCCGUGCCGAUGCCGGCUGCUUCGGUGAGCGCAGCGGCUCCAGGCGGCGCACUGCCCUCCGCCACGAUGAUGCCGACGCUCUUUUUCCAGCAGGCCGGUGGCAGUCUGCUUCCACCGACCGCGGCCACCCACCACCACCUCCAGUUGGCCGCCGCCGCUGCAGCCGCUGCCACCUCGACGUCCUCCAACACGGGCGUACCCCACGGCAUGCAGCAACAGCCACAGCAGCAACAGCAGCAGCGCCUUCAACAGGCCGGACAGCAGUUGGGCCUGCCGCCUGCCCAACACAUGAUGCAACAGGGCGCCACGAUAUCGAUUCUCCCGCCCACCCAAACCGCUCAACUACAACACUCUGGCCAGGCGGCCCAGCUACAAACCCCCGAUACGCCACGUCAGCACCAGUGCGUCGAUAACGCGCGCGCAAGCGCUUGUGCUCGCACAUCCCCUCCGCCUUCACCUUAUGCUAACGCCCUUUCUGCUUGCCUUGUAGCUCCGAAGCCGCGGAAACAGUUCGCUUGCGACCAGUGUGACAAGGUCUAUCCUCGAAACCAGAGCCUCCAGGCCCACAUCAUCCAAGUUCAUUCAGACAUCAAGCCGUUCACCUGCAGGAUCUGUCGCAAAGGCUUUGUGCGUCGAUGGGACUUCUACCGCCACUUGAAUGCCGUCCACAGAGAUCGAGCAAGAGACGCCAUUGACGCCGACAAAGUCGAGGAGUACGUGACGUGGAUGCGAAGUCGGACACCAACAGACAUCUCCUGGGAGUGUUUGAAUGCGGUGCGCGAGGAGUUUCCAAGCGCCUCGACGUCGUCGGCAGUUGCGGGCAACGCAGUGGCCCCGGUUGUGAGCUCGUCUGUCACCAAUCCCGUCGUUCCCAGCAGCUCCAACAGCGGAACACCCAAGCCCGCCUCCCCUCCACCGUCCGUCGCAGCCCCGCCCUCCUCAUCCACCUCCGGCGUCACCGUGACCAUGAUUAAACCCGCCAACGAAUGA